AUGAAAAGGGCCUCGACUGAGGCUCUCGGCUGGAAGGCUCUCGGUUCGGAGACAACGGCUCGAUUUGCUGCAGCCCGAUGGCUUGCUGCUCAAGGCCUGGACUGCUCGAGUUUCCUCGACUGUGCUCGAUCCCGCCGGUCGAGGUCGAAGAUUGAGGUCUGUCCAGAAACGGCCGCCAGUUGUCGAGAGCUUGAUCGCCGAGAGCUCAAAAUCGCCGGGCAACGGUCGGGACUCGCGAAUCUAGUGUUGUGGGACCUCGGCGGUGUUCGAUUUGGCCUUGGAUGGUGGUCGGGUGUCGCGGAUUCCGGCCUCGCGACGGCUCAGCAGUGGUUGGUCGGGGCUCAUCGGAGGUUGGAUGUAGCUCGACGUCGGGGAAAAGCUCCGUCGCUGCUGCUCAAAGUUCGGUCUCGCGGUGGCGUGCUCGGUAAAUCGCCGGACAAGGAUAAAAGCUCACCGGUCGGAGUGAGUUCGAACUUGCCGGGAUUGUUGAUGCUCGUCUCUGCCGAGGAGAGAGAGAGAGAGAGACGACGGGAGAUCGAAGAGGAAUGGCGUGGCUGUGAGAUUAAGUUCUGA